GAGGGAAUGAUAUAAGAGAGGCAGCCACACAGGGAGAGGUGACAGAGUAGAUUAUCCUCCUCUCUGCGCCUCUCCUCUCUGCUCGCCUCAUCAUGUCCAUGCUGCAGAUGUUGACUGUCAUCUCUCUGAUUCUUAUCCUGCUGGCAUCUGUGGAAGGUAAUGGUGUACAGAUGCAGAGGGACGUCCAGUGCUGCAUACUGUACUCGCAGGGCAAGGUGCGUACCAAAGAUGUGCUGCGCUUCGAGGUGCAGACGGAGGGGCCCUACUGCAGCAUCAAUGCCAUCAUCCUUUACACAAAGAAGGCAGUGAAAUGCGCAGACCCCAGAGACCGAAAGGUGAAGAGGCUGCUAAGGAAACUCCUGCGGAGACUGAAGAGCAAGUGGGUCUUUCCUCGUGACAACCUUCCCGUCAUGUCGGAGGACAAGAAAAAUAACUGGGCAGUUCUCAGUGUGGAGUGAUGGAGCACCUUAAAAAAUGGAGGAAAACUCAGUCAUAAGCCAAGUAAACUUUCAGCGACUCCUUAUCUUUACACGGCAGAGCGCACUGACUCUCCAGUCCUCUGCUCUCUCUCUCUCUCUCUCUCUCUCUCUCUCUCUCUCUCUCUCUCUCUCUCUCUCUCUCUCUCUCCUCUCAAACCAUGCAGACCUGGGCAGCAAUACAUAUUUAAAUGGCUUAGAUAUUCAAACAUGAGCAGUGCUUGAAACUUUCCCAAGCACCCGACUGGAGUGGCGUCAGCAGAGGAGUCUCCACCUGUAAGAUACGCUAAAUUGAUUUUUUUUUUUAAUGGCUCAUACUGUUAUUUGCCCGAGUCUGCCUGAAAGUGUUUUUCCCUCGACAACAAUACAACGACUCGUGGCUGAUGUGAAGAAUCAGUGAAUAAGUUGUGAUUAAAAAUGAUGAACAAGCAGUGAUAUUAAUAUUGUAUAUCAACAAGAUACUCUAUGCUUAUUUGUGAUUUGUAUACCUUCUUUACCUAAUGUGUAAUGACAUUUCACACAAUACAGUAGAUGGGGUUUUGUCUCUGUGUAAAAUAUUCAGGAACAUAUCUCAAAUAUUGAUUUGCACGUUGUUCUGCACAAUCUAGGUCAGAGGUCAUCCUGAAUCUGACUGUUAGAGGGGAAAAUCCAAAAGGGAUCAGAGACGGGAUUAUAGCUGGAUUCGCUUUGUCUCCUAAGAGAGCGACUGUUCUUGGUGUUUUUUCCCUUCGCUAUAUUGACUGUUUGUAACCAUGGCAUACAACCUGAGUGAGCCUUCAGGCAUCUACUGGGGACAUGAGUGUCUGUCUGCAGUUUACAUUUGUCUUCUUCACCAGUAGUCUGUUUCUGAACUAUGCCAAAGUUAUUCCUGAUUAAAUCCACCACAUGGCCAGGCUGUUAAAACAUGGAGGGCUCAAUUGUGUGUGAAACACACAAGCAUUGUAUUGUAGAAGAAUGCACUGUAUGUUAGAAUAUAGUAUCUCAAGUGAAAUAUUUUAUAAAAUAAUCUAAAAUAACUUCAAA